AUGAAAAGCUUUUAUAACAUAGCUGUUACAGAAUAUAAAGCGUUAAUUAGCGCAUACCAAGGAAGCUAUUGUGUCCAUAUUAUAUCCUGCUUGCUAGCUAUGGGAACACUGUACUCUCUUAUGUCUACAUCAUUUCGGAAAAGUGCUGAAACUAGACACUUUUGCAUGGUCAUGUCUAACAUGGUUUAUUUGGUAGCACUUCGGUGCGGGAUGACUGGUUGCGGGCUUGCAUUUACACUGGGUGGUAUUGUUUCAGAGGUAGGCUUUCUUCUAGCUAAAUACUUUACCAAGCACAUGCAGAAGCUCUUUAUUGUCUCUGUCUGGUUUCUUUACACACUGUAUAUAUAUCUUCUUUUAACAAGAAAUAUUUCGACCAGUUUUCCGGUUUCCAUUAUUACUGCAGGAUUCGCUCUAUAUAUACACAUGAGAGUAUACGAAAUAUACCAGAUAACGCACUUCCUGUGUCAGUCUGUUCUAUUAACCACUUCUUUCACUGGAGUAGCCUAUUUGUUUAUGCAGGCACCCUCUUUAGAGUAUGUCCAGCAUGUCUCUACAAUAGCUAUAUGUGCAAUAUUUAUAUGCUUACUCAUGAGAAAGACACUCACUAGAUAUACAAAGGAAAUGCUUCUUAAAUAA